AUGCAAGUCGCAAGCCUCCUCCACGAAUACGUCUGGUCAUAUCUUCACCCAACACCAAGUAAACGGCCCGAUGCUAUCAAAUUGGGUAUCAUGGUGGAAAACGCCCAUCUUGACCCCGCCAAGAUAAUACACCCCUCAGCAACACACCCCUCCACAAUCCUGCACGCCUUCUCCGCCCCAAAGCAAACCAUCUACAAAACCCUCUCCACAAAAUACAAACACACCUUCACAAAAACAUAUACCUCCCACGAGCACCUCCUGCAAGACUCCGCUGUCAACGCGGUGUAUAUCUGUGCGCCCAUCGCAGCGAGACACGAUCUUGCCGUGGAGGCGUUGCGCGCGGGGAAACAUGUCCUUUGUGAGGCUCCUGUUGCUAGGAGUGGCGAGGGUCCUGAUUGGCAGUUCCAUCCUGCUACGCAUGCAUGGCGUAAGAUUGUUGACGAUAGGGGGUAUGGACGGUUACUGCGUACCGAGGCUGUGGCCACUUGUACGUGUACACCAUUAUCAGAUCUGGCUGGGAAGUUUGAUGGUGCCGGCGGCUCAUUUAUAACACUCUCCUCCGCGCUCUCCGCAACCCGCUUCGCCCUACACGCCUCCCUCCCGACCAAAAUCCUCUCCUCAACAGCUCAACUCUCGCCCCGAGAUAGUCGCGUCGAUACCGCGCUCACAGCACACAUCAUCUUCAACGAUCCCUCGUCGAACCCGGUCCACUCUAAGAUAACUACUUCCCUCUCCCGUCCGUGGACACCUCCUCUCCCACUACCCCUACCACUCGGCCUAGGUAAUAUCCUCCCAUAUCUGCGUCUCUGGGAAGUACCUUCUAUAGAAGUUGAAACCGACUUUGCGCAGAUAUACUUCUACAAUUUCACGCAGCCACAUGUUUAUCAUUAUAUCGGGGUUACUGAUAAGCGGAGUGGGGAGACCGGGUAUCACAGGGCGUAUAGCGGGGGACCGUUGUGGGGAGGGAGGGUUGUUUCGACGGGGGAGAAGGGGGGGCGGGGUGGGUGGAGUAGUUCUCGGUGGAGGUUGGAGGCUUUUGUGGAUGUUUUGCAGGGGCGGACGCCUGUGUUUUGGGUUUCUGGGAUGGAGAGUGGGUGGAUGGGGGAAUGUGUUGAUGGGGUUUAUAUGGAGGCUGGGUUGGGGAGGAGGGGGGAUGCGGAUGAAGAUGCAGAGGGAGAUGGGAUGGUAAGAGUGGAUGAUGAAUGUGGUUAG